UAAAAUACCACACAAGUUGGAAGUCCAUCCCAAAGCAAUAUUCAGAGGUUGAAAUACAGAUGAAUGAUUGCCCACAGAGGAUGAAAGAAGUGCCGCCUGACCUCAUUAAAGAACGUAGACUGGUAGAAGCUAUCAAUCUAGUAGUGGAAAAAUUCGACCCACAGAAAUGGAAGUUACUGGCUACACAUCUUGGACUACCGAUUGUAGUAGAAUCGAUUGACAGAGAAUGCAUCUCCACGAAAGCGAAGUUAGGCAAAAUAAUGGAAAAAUGGAGCGAUAAAUACCAUGGUCCUUCGGUCGUCCGAACUGCGAUUGAUAAGAUACUUAAAGCCUUGAAAGUUGUGGGUGACACCAAAUUAGCAGAUGAUAUCGAGCUUCUUAAUUCUAGAAGUAACACAAUUGUAAUAUAGUGACACUCUGUAGCUGAAUAGUGAUAUCUAG